GCUGGCCCCGUCAUUUUCCCACUUUUCUUGUCCUGUGCUCCGAUUUCUCUCUUGAUGCUACUGCAUUACACUUCGACUUUUGGCAUUUUGCAUCCAUGUCCUCGUGCCUGAACAUCUCGUCGCUGGAAUUGCUCACCACCAUCAGCGAAUAGGGCUAUGCUGCCAUACCAGCAAGUCUGAUAUCUGCGACGCAUUCUUCUGAUCUAUCUCUUCAAUUUAACCGAGUGAGAGCGAUAAAGAAUGAAUUCGAUAUCAUUACCAUCUUCAUCCUCACCACCGCUACCAUCCUCCUCAUCAAUAACAACACCCCUCCUCAUCCUCCGUCGCUUCCUCUCCGAAACAACCAACACCAACACCGACAACUCUACCACUUUCGCCAACACCAACAAUGACAAUUCAACCGUUCACACCAUAAACCGCCGCUACCAAACCGUCUCCCUCCCCGCAACCGCCUACGGCCGCCUAGACACCUCCCCAGCCCCGGGCACAGUAGUGGGUAUCGUCCUCGGUACUGUCGCGGGAUUCCUCCUCCUCCUUUACCUAUUAUACGCAACAUUCAUCCCCAAAAAACCAAUCGACGAUGCUGCUACCGUCGAAGUCGAGGAAGUAAGACGUCCGCGUGCGCGUCCACGCCGCGCAUGGAAUGGCUGGGGUCGUGGCGGCCGCAGCGGCGGUGGUAGUCGCUACGGCGGUAGCGAGGAAGGAGGCGGUGACUUUGUCGACGUGUACGAGGAAGAGAGCAUCGAGAGCCCGCGCAGAGAACCUGUCAGGGAGAGGGAGAGAGACAGGGGUGCGGGAAGGAGUUGGUGGGGAUGGGGUAGGGGUCGGCAGGCGGAUGAUCGGUCGACGGAUGAUGGGGGGACGGUCGAGGUUAUGGAGGAAGGGGAUGGGUAUUAUGCGCCACCUCCUCCGCCUAUGCCGCCGCCGCCGCCGAUGCAGAGGGAGAGGAGGAAGAAGAGAAAGUCGAGGAGGGCGAGGAGGACGGAUGAUCCGUAUGAACGGGGAAGUGAGGACUGGGGUGCUGCUGGGGGGAGUGUGGAUUAGGGAUAUUAUUUGCGGUGGGCCUAGUUGUGGAGGAUUAUGGGCUGUUGGUAAUGAUUGCUUAAUGUGUGAUGUGUGAUGGGUAACAGUACUGUUUACGUGUUUGUUGACUUGAUCUUUGAUACCCUGUUAAUUC